GCAGGUGGAGACUUCACGUUCCCGCCUCCGCCCACCCCCUCGCAGUGUCUCGCCUGCGGCCUUCACAAACAAGCCUCGCCCACAACCCAAUUACCCAAGUCAACCGAGGUUCCGCCGCCUCCUCGCCGUCGUCCCGUAGUGGCGUGACGCCUAGCGUCGCGCCUCCUAUAUAGAGAGCGAGCCGCUCGGGUCUCUGCAGCCAGAAACAGAGGGGGGAACACGCACGCACAGAGACCAGGGAGCAAAGGCAGUGCAGGCAGGGCGACUGGAGCUAAGCGUGACCUCGCGUUGCCUUUGCUUGUGUCGAGAGGUCAGAGGAGAAGCAGAGCAGCGGGGUACGGUGGUGCACCUGCACGUAGCCGCUCCGACCAUGUCGGAUCACCAGAGGAUCCACCCUGUGGACCUGGAGGGCGGCAGCAACCGGCCGACGGCGCCGCUGGUGCCGGGAGGCUCGUCGUUCCGGUCAGACAAGGGCGACCCUGCGGCAGCGCGGAGCGCCAACCACCACCACCAACAACGCGCCUACGUCCCGGGCGGCCCGCUGCCUCCGCCGCCGCGCCGCGUCGCGCCAGCGGCGCCGCUACCUCCGCCGCCGUCGAGGAAGCGGCGCGGCCGUGGUUGCUGCUGCCGGCUCCUCUGCUGCGUGGUGAUCACCGCGGUCGUGCUGGCGGUGCUCGCCGCGGCGGCCGUAGGCGCGCUGUACCUAGCUCUCGACCCCAAGGCGCCGCGGUACUCGGUGGACCGCCUCUCCGUGUCCGCGUUCCAGGUCGACCCGUCGACGGUGACGGCGCGGGCGAGGUUCGACGUGACGGUGACGGCGGCGAACCCGAACUCCCGGAUCGGCAUCCAGUACGAGCCCGGGUCCAGCCUCGGGGUGUGGUACCAGUCGUACCGCCUGGCGCGCGGCGCGCUGCCGGCCUUCUACCAGGGCCACCGCAACACCACGGUGCUGCCGCUGGCGCUGGCCGGGGAGGUGCAGCUGGCCACCGCCGUCGUGUCCGGGUUGCAGGACGCGCAGCGGACGGGCGCCGUGCCGCUCGUGUUCCGCGCCGACGUCCCCGUGCGCGUCGAGGUCGGCAGCUUCAAGCUCUGGAAGGUCACCUCCAGGGUGCGCUGCGACCUCGUCGUCGACAGGCUCAUGGACGUCAGUAGCCCCAUCAAGAUCAAGGCCAGCAACUGCAAGUUCAGCCUGAAGCUGUGAUCGAUUCAUUCGUUCGUUCGUUGCCGCGGUUUUCUUUCGUUGGGUUGUCUGUUCUCCUCUCUUUUGGGAGACUAGAGAGUCGUGGCGUUGGAUUUCUUCUGGCAGAGUGCUGGCCGUGUGGUGGUAGUAUUUGGCUAUUUGCACAGGUUCAGACGUGCAGUGCACUCCCGCCAACUUCGUCGGUGUUCAUCCCGGCCAUGUACAGAUGGUAUGGUAGUAUAUGAUUGUUGUUAGAGAGGAAUAAUAUGCAUGAUCAUGGCUAGAUUUUUAUAAUUCUAGAGUUACUUCUGUCACCACACAAUUGAACAAGACACAACAACAACCAGCCAAAUGGAAAAUGGCUCUACUACCCGUAGUCCAUUACUCGACAGGAGAGAGCGCAAUGGAGCAGAAAUGCCAAUGCUUUACUACAAGUAGCUUGAUAAUGGUAUGACCAGGAAUGAUUUAUAUGCGUCAUUUGCCACAGAA